UCACUCAAGUAUAAAGAGACAGGGGGGAUACCUCCACAGUUAUUAUAACAUGCCACAAUGAUUAUCACACUUAUUAUAACCGUUAUAAUAUAUAUCCCGCUGGGAUUCGCUCUACGCGUGUCUCAGCCUUAUCGUGUGGAAGGAAAAGAGGGAGAAGUCCAACUCCACUGCUCCUUUCGUAUAAAGUUAUGGCCAGAGGAAAUGCAGAUAUCUCUGUAUAAAGGUUUACACGGCCAAGAGAAGAUCUGCAGCCGUUUUGUCAACGUCUCUGAGCCCUACUUUACAACAGAUGGCACAGUUAACUGCAGAGGGAAUAUUAGCUCUGGAAGAGUGGAUAUGAUCAUCACUGGACUCCGAGGGGAAGACACAGACCUCUAUCGCUGUGAGAUCGAGAUUCUCUUUCCACCUCCAUAUCUCAGAGGGGUUGGGAACGGCACUGUUGUUUACAUACAAGAAACCCCAAACUGUCCCACUGCAUCCACCGUGAGCCAGAGUCAAAGCCAGAGGCAGUCAUCCGAGUGGGAAGCUGUCAAAAAGGACGUGGGACCACUUCCACUCCUAUAUGCCAUUCUAAUCAUCACUUCCUGCAGCUUUAUUCUACAGAUGGUCAUCUGCAAAUGGAGGGGUUCUUCAUCAAUGGCACCUAUGCUUUCACAAAAAGAGAGCUAUAUGAAAUUCUAGGGGGGGGGGGUUUCUCCCCGUUUGCAUGUACUCACAUGUAGUAUUCUCACCUGCAUGUACCUGCAUGUCAUUUUCUCCUGCAUGUAUUUACAUGUAAUAUUUUCCUGCAUGUAUUGACAUGUACUCACUGAGUUUUACAGUUGCAUGUACUCACAUGUAUUCUCACCUGCAUGUAUUCACAUGUAUUUACAUAACAUUUGAUCAUUGUUCUUUUUUGUUUUGUUUUCUUUCAAUAUUAUUCAUU